AUGGCUGCAAAAAACGACAGUGCAUCCUCAUUUGGAUACACAAGCGUCCUUGCCAUUUUUACUUCAUUCUUCAUUGCUGUUGUAAUCGGCCAUAUCAGAGAUCAGAUGGGUAAAAUUUUCAUACCAUGGCGGUAUCGAUUCUAUUAUGAAAGCGAGAAUGGCGAGCCCGCCCUGUUCACCACAUUUGACAGCUUUUUCAUCAGAAGACUCUACAGAAGGAUAUCGGACUGUUGGAACAGGCCUAUUCACGGCGUUCCUGGCCGAUUCGUUGAAAUUUAUGAGAGAAAGAGUGAAGACUACAAUGAAACUUUUCAGUUUACAGGUGAGAAGAUCAAAGCCUUAAAUGUGGGAUCAUACAACUACCUUGGAUUUGCAUAUAACAAAGGUAAAAUUACGGACCAUGUAUUGCAGAGUGUUGACAAAUACAACAUUAACAAUUCAUAUCCAACUGCAGACUAUGAGCAAAAUCCGCUGUGCCGGGAACUAGAAAAAGAAAUGGCGGAGUUUCUGCACCAGGAAGACUGCGCAGUGUUUUCGAUGGGAUAUGGCACAAACACAUCAUCAAUGCCUGCGCUGAUGAGAAACAGCCUGAUUUUCAGUGACGAAAAGAGCCAUACAUCAUUGAUAAAGGGGAUUAAGCUGAGCCAGUCGAUGGUUGUAAUUUUCAAGCACAACAAUAUGCAGGAUUUAGAAAACAAGCUGAAAUUUCAUAUUACCCAAGGAGAGCCUGAAACCCAUCGUCCAUGGAGCAAGAUCUUCGUUGUUGUUGAAGGACUGUACUCUAUGGAAGGCACAGUUGUUAAUCUGAAAAAACUGGUUGAGUUGAAGAAACAAUACAAGUUUUACAUUUUCAUGGAUGAGGCACACUCAAUAGGGGCGAUGGGACGAACAGGCCGUGGAAUCUGCGAGUAUGUGGGAGUCGAACAUGAUGACGUUGACAUUCUGAUGGGCACCUUCACCAAGAGCUUUGGUGGAUUUGGUGGAUAUAUUGCAGGCAAAAGAGAAAUCAUAGACUAUCUCAGAGUAAACAGUGAUUUUUCAAAAUAUGGAGAGCAAAUGUCACCAAUCGUGUGUGCUCAAGUGAUGGAAUGCCUAAGAAACAUUAAGCUGGAUCGUAAAAGAUUGGAAAAGCUUCACGAGAACACCAGAAGAGUCCGAAGAGCAAUGAAAAAUCUUCGAUUUCAUCUAAUUGGUGACGACGACUCGCCAAUCAUUCCGCUGCUCAUACCCUCGCCUGGGAAAAUUGGAGAGUUUUCUAGACUGUGUUUAGAGAUGGGAAUAGCUGUUGUGGUUGUUGGAUAUCCAGCAACGCCCAUCUUGCUUAACCGAGUGCGGGUUUGCAUGUCAUCCUCACAUACAAGCGAGGAUGUAGAUAGGAUUAUUACAGUUUUUGAUCAAGUUGGAAGUCUUAUUGGAAUGAAGAAAUAA